AUGAGUGGGUACGGAAAAUAUAGCAGCCAGGGGCACGAUAACUACUUCAUUGGCCAGCAACUGAAUAUAUCUGGCACAUAUGACAAUGUCGAACCGCAUGAGCUUGGGUACGCUGAGUCUGCAGCAUACAGCUUCUCCCAGCAGCCGUUUAGCACCUAUUCGACUCAGCUCGGAUCAUUUGCUCAACCGUCAUGUCUGUCUCAAAAUCCUCCGGAUUCGGGAGCAUCUUACGCCCCUAGGCAGUAUCUUUCUCCAAUUUCUCCACAAAACCAGAUCUUCUCCCAGGGGUUGCCUCACAAAUACUCAGACUAUGCAUCCCAGACGCACUAUCUUCAUUCCCCGAGAUAUCUGCCUCUGCGGUCUCCGUUGCCUCGAGAUGAAGUCGAAAGUCAAGAGUCGUUCGAUGAGAGCACAAUGCUGUCUGAACCUGUCAUACCUCCACUGCAAGGUUUUCCAGAUGUUAGGGAAUUCGACCGGUUAAUGGCAAGUUAUGUCGAUGAUCUUUCUGUGAAGAAACAAGACAAAGCACUUAUUCACGCCGCCAGAGCGCGGAAUAUCAGGAGCGUGCUGAUGGACCCGAAGGAUACGGCUGUCGAAUCUGCUCAGUUCAGGUUCUGGGUCAAAAAGAUGUUCAAGCUCCAGGCAAUUGACGGACAAAACCCAGAGUGCAGGAUGGUCUGUCAUGAGGGAAAGCCAGUAGCUAUUCGCGAAAAGCUAUUCAAGAUUCUUACAAAGGCACAUCAAGAAUGCCAACACGGUGGUCGAGACAAGACCUCUGCCCAAGUGCGUCGGGUAUAUUCAUGGAUCCCCAAGGAGCUUAUUUCCCGUUUCGUCAAGAUAUGUCCUACUUGUCAAGUUCGUCGACGAGGAUCCCGUCUUACACCUCCUAGCUCACGGAGGGAAUCACCGCAACUUGAACCAGCAUCGCGGUCUCCAACGGAUAUCUCUCCCCCCGUAUCUAGGAGACAGUCGGUAGUCAGUCGACACGCGAACCUAGACAGGUUGCAGACACAUGUGCUUAGUGAGUCUCGCAGCCAGGGCGAUUGGGAUAAUGGCCGCCAACAAAUUCGUGAACAGCCAGGUGAAAGUCACGGGAUGUCUUCUUUUCUUAGCGAUGCCUUACAUACAAUGCCCAAUUCCAUUGCCAGCCCUUUGAACCCCCCAAGGAGCGACCCAUCGCUUAUUCCACCUCAGCUCAGGUAUAACCCUGUCCUCGUGAGGAACGAUGGCAAUCCGAAUCAGCGUUCCUUUUGA